AUGAGUCGAACACUGCCCGCCCGGCAGGCCGAGGAGCUGCACAAGUCGAUUAUAGCGUAUCUCGCGGCGAACAACCUCGCGAAUACCGCCACGGUGCUCAGGGAGGAGCUCGACCUCGGGGAAGACGUGUUCGAUGCGACCAUGACCAAGAAAUAUGAGACUCUGCUAGAGAAGAAAUGGACGAGUAUUGUCCGGCUACAGAAAAAGAUUAUGGACCUUGAGACUCGAAACGCGGAGCUUCAGUCAGAGGUUGACAACGCGACGCCCUCGUCGCUCUCACAGAAAAACAAGGACCCCGCCUCCUGGCUUCCGAAAGCACCCUCACGACAUACCCUCGAAUCGCAUCGGGCGUCCGUCACCUGCGUUGCCUUCCACCCGAGAUUUACGUCGUUAGCCUCAGGCUCCGAGGACUGCACCAUCAAGGUCUGGGACUGGGAGCUCGGUGAUCUGGAGCAGACAAUCAAGGGACACACAAGGCCGGUUUUGGACCUCGACUACGGCGGCCCCAAGACAGGUAUCCUGCUGGCUUCGUGCAGCUCCGACACGACGAUUAAGCUGUGGGAUCCGGCAGACGGGUACAAGAAUAUACGUACACUCUCGGGCCACGAACACAGCGUCAGCGCAGUACGCUUCAUUCCUUCUGGCGGCACUGGAUUUUUCUCCUCAGGCAACAUGCUCGUCAGUGGGUGCGGUGACAAGACGCUGAAGAUCUGGGACGCCAACACGGGGUACUGCGUCAAGACGCUAAACGGGCAUGCGGGCUGGGUGAGAGACGUUUGCCCAUCCCUCGACGGAAACUAUCUUUUGUCUACAGGAGGCGACCACACUGGCAGACUGUGGGAGCUCACAGUCGCAAACCCCGAGACAAAAGUCACUCUGAUAGGCCAUGAGCACGUCGUCGGCUGCUGUGCCUUUGCACCCCCUGCCGCGUACGAGCACCUGGCUGCUCUAGCAGGGCUAAAGAAACCUCCGCCAGCAACCAGCACGUCAGAGUUCAUGGCGACUGGAUCACGGGACAAGACGAUCAAACUAUGGGAUGCCAGAGGUAACUGUAUCAAGACCCUUAUCGGUCACGACAACUGGGUUUCAGGUGUUAUGUUUCAUCCUGGAGGCAAGUAUCUGCUUUCCGUAGCAGACGACAAGUCGUUGCGAUGCUGGGAUCUCAGCCAAGACGGAAAGUGCGUAAGAACAUUGUCCAGUGCCCACGAGCACUUUAUCACCUCCCUGAGGUGGGCUCCAGCAAAGCCCAAAGAUACCCCUACAGGCAACGGCACGGCGAAUAACGAUAGCGAGAAUACACCUAGGAGGGCGGCGGCCGCUGCAUUAGAUAUAUCAGAUGCGCAGAUCCGCUGUGUUAUUGCGACGGGCAGUGUCGACAUGACGGUCAAGAUAUGGGCAAAUUAA